GAAACGCUUCGCAUACAUGUGCGCGAGUUGCGUAUCCUUGUCGACCACGUCCCUCGCCAGUUUCGCGUCGCAGAUAAUUUUGCCUCUUCCUAGGCUCACUGCACUGAACGUGAUCUUCACCUUUUCGGACUUAUCUUGUUGCGAUCAUUGCGACGGACCCAUGUAAUCGGAUCUUCUAAUUUGUGCGUAUGUAGACAAGCUAUCUCAUUUUGGAAUUCCAUAUAACAUGCUGCAUGUGCUUAACUACACCACAAGCGAAGCUCUAGUCAGGGUUUCGGGAGAUGCCUACGGCUUUGUCAGUCAAGAUUGGAUUAACAAUUCCCCUGGAAGCAGUUCCUGGGAUGCACCACUUCAGGUCCACCUUCUGUUGAAACGUUUGCGCAAGGAAGGGACUCCAGGGCGAGGCAUGGGCCGUUAGCCCUAACAUAAAACCGAUACUUUUUGCAAUGGCGGGGGACAGCGAAACACAGGAGCUAUGCGUCAACUGUGGUAUGCCACCAUGCAAGCGAGAUGAUAGCAUCCCCAUCACGCUACUCUUCUCUAAAGCAACCAGGCAAGUGUUGUGUGUGGAAGCCGGGAAAGACUUUGUGGACACGCUGAUUGGGUUUCUUACCCUACCUGUUGGUCGCAUCAUAAAAUUUCUUGAAGGAGCCUCCAUGAUUCAUAGGCCAGAGUGCAAAGUUGCGCCUCGGCCUUCGACUACCGUUACAUUCCCUCCCGGUUGUCCCUACUCUCCAGCCCCUAGAAAAGGAAAGACAGACUCUGGUGAGCAUUUCGCCAUGAGUUCCAUCUCCAACAUUUUACAGAGCGUAGCAAAGCUGGAUGAUAAGGAGAUGAUGGUGGAGAAGAAUUGUUUGGUUGAUCCGAAGCCAGCUACGCCGUUCGGAGCUGGCAAGCUUCUGGAUUCGCAGAGCUUCAUUAGCUCUGACGAGUCAACACAAGGUUCGGAAGUUGCAAAUUACUAUGGUUGUGGGAAUGUUUGCUGUUUCCUCACUUCAAAUUCAGCCACUAAGUGCCCCAAGCACAAAAAGAAAAUGAACAUUCCGUUCAAGAUUGUGGAGAGAAAUGUGGCCUCUCAGAGUGACGCUAUUGAAGGGAGUGACGAAAUCCCUCAGGAGCAGCCAGAUACCGAGUCAGUUCAUGUUGGUACUAGACUACAGCGUGCACGGCAAUGUGCCUCGCAGAGUUGUGGUUCGCCCCGCCUCGCCCCGUCUACCAAGCUUCAGCGCUCUCCAAGUAGAGCUCAAAAUAGGCUAUCUCUGACAGAGAAACCUGUAGUUUCUGCAUUUGACUCUGUUCGAGUGACGAGGGGAAGUCGCGACAUGCAGCUGGCAUUUUCUACCGCUCCACGAGCUCGUUCUAUCAACUUCAGAGGAGGAUACGUGAGGGAAGGCACCAAGUAUAUGGUCACCAACACUCUUGAAAUAUACGCAAGCUCUGAGGCAAUCAAGGCCCUUAUUACCCUUCAGAUUAUUCGGUCUGAACGAGUUGGUGACUUGGACACCAUGCCAGUGAAGGUCGUGAUAGCCGAGAUCUUAGAGCUGUUGAAAUUCUCCUUUACUUCCACAAAUGUGCUAAACGACGUGUUCGGCAAGUACUGCACCGAUCCUAAAAUCGUUGUCCAUGAAGAAAAGAAGGACGCUUUUUUCCCUCAGUGUAUUGACAAGCCUUGCUGCCAGUGUUCUCGUAUGGGGACUCCUAUGUUGGCCAAUAGACCAUUUUAACUAGGAACAACCAACAGUAGCGAGUUUUCCAAGGCAGGUUAUAAAACUGGAUCAGGAGCUAAGAGAAGCACAUCUCUUGGCGGUCUCACCAUCGAACUGUAUGAAAACAAUUUCUGCUAGAAGGUUAAGGUUUUCGAGCAUUCAGGAAUGAAGAUGAGGUUGCAGAACUAAAGUAACGCAAGCAGGGCUUGGAGCACCGCGCUGAUGAGUUUCAGGGCUGAAUAGCUAUCUGUGUGGGUGUGAAUAAAUGUGGACCAUUCAUGGCAGCAUCUGGUGUGGAAACCUUUGGGAAUUGCCAGUUGGGGACGAACAGCUGAGCCUUCUCUUCACACCCACCUUCGGAAGGUUCAGCCCUCUUGUGAACGAUGUGUAAAAGUAGCGUCCUUGGAGCUUCAUACCUUCAGCAACACUUCAGUUUCCUGCACAGAAACCCCACACUCACCAUUUGAAUCUCUGCAUUACAAAUGGUGUCGUCACAAGAUUGUGGCUCUUUGACCUGAACUUGAGGUACAUCUCAUUCUUUCAUCGUCGGUUUUGUUAGUCAACAACAACGUUAACGAUUUUUUAGCUGGAUCAGGAGCUAAGAGAAGCACAUCUCUUGGCGGUCUCACCAUCGAACUGUAUGAAAACAAUUUCUGCUAGAAGGUUAAGGUUUUCGAGCAUUCAGGAAUGAAGAUGAGGUUGCAGAACUAAAGUAACGCAAGCAGGGCUUGGAGCACCGCGCUGAUGAGUUUCAGGGCUGAAUAGCUAUCUGUGUGGGUGUGAAUAAAUGUGGACCAUUCAUGGCAGCAUCUGGUGUGGAAACCUUUGGGAAUUGCCAGUUGGGGACGAACAGCUGAGCCUUCUCUUCACACCCACCUUCGGAAGGUUCAGCCCUCUUGUGAACGAUGUGUAAAAGUAGCGUCCUUGGAGCUUCAUACCUUCAGCAACACUUCAGUUUCCUGCACAGAAACCCCACACUCACCAUUUGAAUCUCUGCAUUACAAAUGGUGUCGUCACAAGAUUGUGGCUCUUUGACCUGAACUUGAGGUACAUCUCAUUCUUUCAUCGUCGGUUUUGUUAGUCAACAACAACGUUAACGAUUUUUUUCCUGCCUUUGAUGAACCACCGUAAUGAAACUAGUGUAACCAUUGUUAGCCCAAUAGGAUCAAGUCUUCACCACACCAUUUUCAGUGUCAGUCCUUAAUUACUAGUGCUGUUCAGUGUUUGGAUUACCACUUUUGGUAAAAUUUCUUUCUUGAAAUGUAAGUUCUUCUAUUAAUAUUGCUAUAUUUAUCAAAUACUGAUUUUUUUUUCUUUUA